CUGGGUGGGAGGGUGGGAGUGGGUUAAGGAGAGGGAGAUUUGUCGAAAUGCUCUUCUCUCCCCUGGGGCUUUUUUGGUUUGUCUUGUUUCUUGAUGAUUUUCGGUAGGUGUUAGAGGACUAGGAUAGCAAUACUUGAAAAUACUGCUGUCAAGGUGGAAGAGUUUUAUUGAAACAAUUAAAAAUCAGUGUUACUUGUGUGUUUUGUCCAAUGCUGUAGCAAAUUUGGAGCCCAGUGAAACCACCAAGCAAAAUUGGAUUCAGUGGCUUUGAUUUUGGACAGGAGCUGCAAUUUUUCAGGAGUACUUUAAUCUGUAUCAAAUAAAUAAUGUUUUGUGAAUGGCUCAGGCCUGUUUGCAAGUACUAAUGCAGUUUGAAGCACUUGUAGUCAAUGUUGGAAAACUGAUUGUUGAAAAUACUAUCAAACCCAUCAGGUAUGAAAAAUGCAGUAGAAAAAGUGUAUUUUCUACAAUUUUGUGACUUCUGAUAGAGGGUUGUUCCAAAUUGCCAUGGUAAACCUGGCUAUGAAAGUUGCAGGCUGCAUGUGUGUGUGUUUAGUUUUCAUAGAACUACUGACUAGAAGAAAAAUGAAAAUUCUGCUGGUUUUGUUUGUGGGGAAGUGCCAGUUCUACGUGCCAGUAUUGUUUUACUCAAAAAUAUUUUUGACCAUAUACAAAUAAUAUACAUGAUGUGCAGUCUUAUAUUUUUUCCUCCAUGCCAACCACCUUGAAUUUUUAUCUUGUAUUAAUUUUGAAAAUUUGUCUUGGUUUAAUGGAAAUAAACAUUAUUAAUUUAAGAAGUGUGUGAGUUUUUUAUAGAUGCUUUUAAGAGCUAAGUAUGUGCAUAAAUGUUGUUUGAUGGUCUCAAUCAUGCAUGUGUAUUUGUGAUUAAAUUGCAGCAUCCUCAUGCAGGCUUUUUAUCUGUCAAGAACAGGAUAUCAUUAAAUGCAGAGCUACUCCAAAUCUACAAGAACUUAUAAGAAUUCUUAUCUGCAUCAAGUUUUGAAGCUGGAUUAAAAAUUCCUCAGUGAGCUGCACUACAACUGACCCAAGAGUUGCUAAAUGGAUGUCUUGGAUGUCCUGUGUUUGUGCAGUUGGGAUAUUGGGAAGGCUACAGUCUAUAUCCUGCUGUCACACGUGGGUAUAAAUGAACUUACUGCACUCUGGAGCUGUGCCUGUUUCCUGGAUUCCCAGAAAUCUUGGAGAAAGGGACAGAAUUUUAACUUCAGUGAUGGCCCCAAGGGAAAAAGAUGUUGUGUUAGGAGAAGUGUGGACAUAUGGUUGCCCCAGUCUAUGAAUAGCGUGGGCAUGUUUGAUGUGACUGAGUAACACCUUUCUCUUGGCCAGAAGGGAAUCAAUUUUUAAAAAAACAUUGUUUCCUAUUCUUGUUGAGUGCUCAGACAUAUGGGAUUGUGUUGGGAAACUGCUCCUGUGCAUCAAACACUUGCUUGAGCCCCUGUAUGAAAUUUCUGCUUCCCUUUAGGUACCUCCCUCCCCACUCCAGGCCAGUGUAACACCUUAAGGUAUUCCUGAUGUCCCAGAGAGCAGCGCACACAGACCUUGCAGCCAUUCCUCCUGCAGCUCAGUGAAAACUAGCCUUCAUGAAACUGUACCACUGUGUUCUGAGCUUCUUUCUUAAUAAUUAAGGAAUCACAGAAUCUUUUAGGUUGGAAAAGGCCUCCAAGAUCAAGUCCCAUUUUUGAGGAGGUAAAGAAGACUUGACUUAUGCUAAAUUUAUCUUGUCAAAGGAAUAGAUUUAAUACUGAAUCUAUUCCUCUAUUCAAUCUAUUCAAUCCCCUCCUGGCUGUAUCUAUAAAUAAAAGCAGCCAAAGGCUUUUCCAGGCUUGAGGCCAAGUGACAGCACAGAAUGGCCGUGUCCCUGAGGUCAGGGUAUUGUCCUGCCUUUGACUGGCAAAGUUUAACAGGACUGUGAGCUCCUCUACUUUGGGAAUCAUAGGGGCAUUGAGUGUUAAGUUUUGGGAUGUGCUGCUGUUGUUUUGGACCAAGACUCUCAUAGCAAAACCUCCGUUGUUGCAGGGAGAAUUAACAGAGUUGUACUGCAUCUCAACAGCAGUUUUCAUCAUACACCUGCCUGUAGGGGUUUGUGUACACUACACUUCUUCCUACAGCUUUUGGGCUGAUUCCCCAUGGAUAAUGUGGGAGAUCUUGCUGGAGUUUGAUCCUCUAAGGUCUCAUACCACUGCUCAUGGCUGAGCUUCCAGCUCUCUGGGAGGCCUCUUGCUAAGAGAGCUCCCAGAGAAAAAAAUUGCCUUCCCUCUGGUUUGGGAUAUCCAAAAGUAGGUCUUCAUUAGUGGAUUAGGGCAUCCAGCACAUGAAUAUUUCCAGUGGUCAAUAGGAUUUGCUGCUAGAACUUUUUGGUACAAAUAUCAGAUUAUGUAGGCUCUGGCCUGGCUGUGAUAGCCUGAAGGUGUUUGGUGAAUUUUGUAAGGGAACUCCUUUUCCUUUUUCUUCUUCUUUGUGCAUAGACCUGCCUUCCUACUUUGCUGUAUGAACUUGCAAAGGCUUGGCCAUCGCAGACAUAGGGAAAAUUCAGCCCAAGGAGGAAAAUUACCUACCUGAGAUUGGCACCAGCAAUAAAUAACACCACUGAAGGUCUAAUCACUGCUGCAUGUGGCCUUUGUUCAAAAAACAUGGUGCACAUGCUUGACCUUCUUUUGAUAUUUCUUUAGCUGAUUCUGCUUGAGUUGCUCCCACAUUUCAUCUAUUCAAGGCUAGGACAGCAUAAUGGUAAUUUUAUUUUUAGUUGUUUUAUGUAGUUUUAUUGUAUUUUGUGUUCUCAUUCAGCCUACAGUAAUUACUUUAGUGUCCACGGUGACCAAACCUGCUGGCACAAUCAUAAAAAGACUUUGGGCUGGCAGCAGUUUCCUUGCUGUGUAAUCAGUUGCACCUUCCAAUUAAAGGUAUAUGUACCUACAAGUGAUACAUUUAAUCAUGUAGUUUGUUUCCAUCAUUUGUAGUCUUUGAAGUUUUCUAAAAGCUGAAAGUAUUGGUGGUUUGAGUUUUUUGCUUGUGUUUUUUAGGUAAUUUCACUGAAGUAAAAUGUUUUAGCUGCUUUGCUACACUUAUUUCCAGUGUGUAGUAUCUGUAAAAUACUAGACGUGCUUCAGAGGUGUCUGCUUUCACCACAUCAAAUAGUAACCAGUUUCCAAACAGGAAUUCUGGAUUUAUUCCUUGUGGAACAGAGUUAUGUGAAGAUACUCUGCCAUCACUAUGAGAUGAAAAGGGACGGUGCUGGUCCCUCUGCCUUUUGCCACACCCCAUUAAUUUUCUUUCUCAGGGAAUACGUACAUUUCUCUUACAUUGGCCAGGACAUCUUGCUAAUUUAUUCCCAGUUGGAAUGUUAAAAUAAAAAUGCAUUUGUCUCAUUUUGUGUCACAGCACAGAUGUAGGUUUCCUUGUUGGUUUAUCUUUUAUUGCCCAAAAGGACUUUGAUCUCAUAAGCUGAAAAUGAUAAGCACAUUAUAUAGUUUGUUGGUUGCUCUCAGACGCUUAUUCCAGUCUUUUGCCUUGUUCUUGGUGAAACAUUUGGUCAAGAUAAUAACUAACCUAUGAUAUAACAAAUGAUUCUUUGCAAGUAUUCUAUAUGAGAAACAACCCUCUGGUUUUGCCUUGAGUUGGAUAUUUUUCCUGCAGUGCUCAUGGCUCUCUCCAGAGCUCUGGUUUUCGCUUUGUUCGGCUGGGUUACGUUCCUCUGUCUCGAUGCACAAAAAACCACACGUAUUGACUGUGAUGUACCACCCAGGCCAUUGGUGCUCUCAAGCUUUUUGGAUGGAUAUACAGGUGAUAUAGAAUGGAUUACAGAUAUCCCACCAAAUGUGCAGGUGAAAUUACAAGAGUUUCUAUUCCCCGAACACUUCAGUUAUGUAGAGCUGCAGUGGGAUUUUGGAUCUAGCAAUGCCACUGUGAGGACUACUAAAGCACUGGAUGUUGAGGCUCUUGAGGGUAAUAUGAUAUGGUAUGCCAUUGUUUGCCAAAGGAUUGGAGCAGUCGAUGAGAUAGAGAACGGACGGCAAGUAGUAUUGAUAGAUGUAAAUGACAAUGCUCCAGAAUUCCAGCAAGCUAAUUACAGUGCUUCAAUAUCAGAGGUAGCUGGAAUAAAUUCCACAGUUGUAAAAGUGGAAGCUGAAGAUAAGGACUUUUCACCACAAUUCAGCCUCCUUACUUACAGUCUUUGGGGCCCAAAUUCUGAUUACUUUUCUAUAAGGGAAGGAGAUGGAAACGUCACGGUGAAAAAACCACUGGAUUACAAUGAGGUCAACUUUUUCAAUUUAACAGUCCAAGCAAAGGAAAAAUUUGGAAACCAGAGUGCCACUGCAUCAUUAAUAAUUAAUGUGCAAGAUUAUGAUACAUUGAACCCCUAUUUCAGUCAAUCUGUGUACAAUGGGACUAUCAAUGAAGACCAGGUGGGUCCUUUGGCCAUUCUCCCAGAGAUCUUGGCUCAAGAUGGAGACAAAGGUAUAAAUGAAAAAAUAAUUUACAGCAUCAAACUAGUGAAGCCCCCAGCCUAUAACAACAGCUUUUCGAUCAGUGACACUGGAGUGUUGGAAGUCAAGACCUUAAUUGACAGAGAAAUAUGUCCCAAUCUUGUGGUGGGCAUUCAGGCAGCUCAGCAAGACAAGAUUUUCAAAACAGCUGAUGCAGUAGUUCUGGUUACUAUUGGAGAUGUGAAUGACCAUAAUCCAGUACUGUCACAAGCAAGUUAUGAUGUCUCACUUCCAGAAAAUUUACCAAAUGGGAUGGAAGUUCUUCAAGUAACAGCUACUGACCAAGAUGAGGGAGGCUUCCAGGGAACACUCAGCCUCACUCCAGAGGACAGUCCCUUCCAGUUGAGUCCAGAUGGGAUCCUAACUGUGAGGAACUCCAUGCUGCUGGACAGGGAGAGAGUACCCUCUAUUCACCUACAGGUCACUGCUAGGGAUCAUUUGCUACCUUACACAAAGGUGAGCUCUCCUAUCAACAUAGUGCUGCUGGAUGAAAAUGACAACAGCCCAACCUUUAGGGACACACCAUAUAGACAAGAUAUUUUCCUCAACAUGACUGCAGGAAUGGCCAUUCUUCAGGUUGCUGCUGAUGAUCCAGAUGAUGGUAUAAAUGGAGAGAUAAGCUUCAUCUUAGCUGGUGGCAAUGAAGAUGAACACUUUGAGUUGGAUACAUCCACAGGACAAAUCAGUUUAAAAACAGUAAUCCCAUUAAGAAUCAACGAGCUUAAGAAGUUUGUCUUGUGGAUAACAGCUACUGAUGGUGGGACCACUCCAAGAAGUUCAUCAGUACCAGUAGAAAUCUUUGCAGUUGGAGAUUCCAGGCCACAGUUUAUUCAGAAAACAUACAAUGUGACUGUGGAAGAACAGCUGGUUGCUCCUGUUGAAGUAGUACAAGUUGAGUAUGAGGCUUUAAAUCCCCAUGUACAAGUUGAAUUUCGGGUGCUGCCGGAAUCUGCUCCAUUUGCCAUCGAUGACAAGGGAGUCAUCUCAACAAACACCGAACUGGACUACGAAUCCCAGAAAAAUUACACUCUCAGUAUUUCCUUGUCAGAUGGAAGCGCUGCUGACUAUGCCACAGUGUUUGUCAGAGUCUUAGACAUCAAUGAUAACAGCCCUGUGUUUGGUACAGCCAGCACCACCGUUGCCAUCGCGGAGAACUUGCCGGUGGGAACCAGCGUCACCAGCGUGUCCGCCACAGACGAAGAUGAGGGCUUUAAUGGAUUAGUGGUUUACACUCUGAAGGGUGGAGAAGGAAAAAUGGACAUUGACAGUUCAGGACUCAUUUUGCUGCAAAAGGUGCUGGACAGAGAAGAACAAGGCUUCUAUCACUUAACUGUGAUUGCCAGUGACCAAGGCCAACCCCCGCGAUCCACAGCGCUCAACCUGACCAUCGUCGUCGACGACGUGAACGACAACGCCCCGGUCUUCUCAUCGAGCAGGUAUGAAGUGAAGGUCACUGAAGACCAAGAGCUGGGAAGUGCCCUGCUGAGACUGUCUGCUACUGACAGGGAUGCUGGGGUCAACGCCCUCGUGACGUACCAAAUCACUGACCAGCGACCUCAAACCUUCUCCCCGAUGUUCCUCAUCAAUUCAAACACAGGCCAGCUCAGCCUGAGCCAACAGCUGGAUUAUGAAACCAUAAAUGUGUUUGAAGUGCAAGUGGUGGCAUCAGAUGGAGGUCAACCAACUCAGAGCACUGAAACACUUGUAGUUGUUUAUGUAGAAGAUGUCAAUGAUAACCCACCAGAAUUCAGUCAGGCAGCUUAUGAUGUAUUUGUGUUUGAAAACCAUCAGAAGGGGAGUCCUGUUUACACAUUCAGUGUUGCUGACAAGGAUGAGGCUGGCUUUUCUCAAGGAUACUUUAUUCUCAACAGCACUUCAUUUACUGUGGAUACCCCUGGAAUACUUUCAUUAAGUAGUGACACAGAACUGGACAGGGAGACCACAUCUGGAUUCACUUUAAAAGUAUGGGCAAUUGAUAACAUAAUAAACGGGCUUAAUUCAAGUGCCUUGUUUCAUAUCACUGUUCUGGAUGUCAAUGAUAACAACCCUGAGUUUCAGAAUCAGCCAUACAGUUUUGAGGCUCUGGAAGGGGAAUACACGUUGAAUAAUCCCACUAGAGUUGGACACGUGACUGCUACUGAUUUGGAUGAGGGACAGAAUGCACAAAUUACUUAUUACUUGUCAGCUGAGGAUGGGGAUAAUCCAUACAGCAUCCAGCAGGAUGGAACCAUUUUGGUUACUGGCUCUGUAGACCGAGAAAGUAAAGACAAGUAUGAGCUGCUCCUGGUGGCAUCUGAUAACGGAGUGCCUCCCAGACAGAACUUCACACACGUCAGCAUCCAAGUGUUAGACGUGAAUGACAACCCUCCUCAGUUCACAAGGGCACAGUACUCAGCCAGCAUCCACGUGGCAGCAGCAAAGGAAGGAGAAUUUGUCCUGUCAGUGUCUGCCACUGACCUCGACCUUGGGAACAAUGCUGUCAUUUCAUACAGCCUCAUGAACCACUCUGAUGAUUUCCAUAUAAAUAAUGGCACUGGAGAAAUCACCCUCAGCAGUAAUCUGGACCAUGUCACAGCCGACACAGUUGUUACACUGACAGUUGUUGCCACUGAUCACGGAAUUCCUCAGCUUACCUCAAAUGCCUCUGUUACUCUCUACUUGCUGGUAAAUGACACCAGCUUUGGAGUGGCUUUUGAGAGCUCCAGCUACGAGUUCAGCAUUGAGGAGAACAAAGCCCCAAGGACUGCAGUGGGCUCUGUGAAGGCUCUGACUGGAAGCAUAGCUGUGAAGGUUAGCUAUUCCCUCAAAUCCCACUGGGACAAGUUCUCCAUCGGGGACCAAGGAGACAUCGUGGCCCUUGUCAGCCUGGAUCGGGAAGAAGGAGACCUGUACAGCAUCCUUGUGGAAGCUGUGGAUUCUCUGGUGCCACCCAACACAGCUGCUGCUUUGGUAACUGUGAGAGUUGAAGACAUCAAUGACAACCCUCCAGUUUUCUCAGCAUGGAUCCAAACUCAUUUAUCAGUUCCUGAGAAUGCAGCUGAUCUGGACUUGGGCACAUUUUCUGCUACUGAUCUGGAUAUAGGAGAUAAUGCACUUAUCAGCUACUCUCUGCAAGAUGAUUUUGCUGGAACAUUCCAAAUUGACAGUUCUACUGGCAAGCUGAUGACCAAAAAAUCCUUAGACAGAGAAGUGAUGGACAGUUAUGAACUGAAAAUAAUGGCCACUGAUUCUGGCAAGCCACCACAAUCUGCAAGCUUAGUUCUGAGCAUCACUGUGGAAGAUGUGAAUGACAACCCACCGGUGUUCCCCCAAAAAUCCUACUCCGUGACCGUGAGGGAGAAUGAGCCUCCACAUGUGAUUUUGAGCGCAGUAGCCACAGAUGCAGAUAUAGGGUACAAUGCCAUCAUUCAUUACACCAUAACUGGAGAGACAACUUCAUUUCAUGUUGGAGAACUUUCUGGAGAUAUUGCAACCCUUCAACCUCUGGACUAUGAAAGUCAUUCCCAGUAUAUAUUUGUUCUGAAAGCUUUCAAUCCUGGAGAGCCACAUCUCCAGGACACAGCAAACAUUACAGUUGCUGUGGAAGAUGUCAAUGAAGAAGGACCCGUGUUUGACCAGUCCUCAUAUUACAAGAUCCUCCCAGACAAUUCUACAGCUGGCACACUGGUAGUAGACAUCAAUGCAAGAGAUGAAGGCAAGGGUUAUGAUGAAGACAUUUCCUACAAUAUUUUAGGUGGAAACUCAGAAGGCCUCUUUAGACUUUCCAGUACCACAGGAGAGCUCAGGUUAACAAGAGAUUUAUCCAAACAAACUGUUCCCCUGUAUUACUCCUUGAACGUCACCGCUACGGAUUCGGGUGUGCCACCUCUUUCAACAUCUGUAAAGGUGUCAGUCGUGGUUGCUCCCUUGGAUGUGUCCUUCCCAGUGUUCCUGGAAGAAGCCUAUCACCCCACCCCUCUGUCAGAGAAGACCCCCACAGAUACAUUUGUUGUAGAGAUCAGUGCCUCCUACAAGCUCCCUGUGAGCUACAGCAUCGCCUCUGGAGAUGAGAAGGGGUAUUUCAUUAUCCAUUCAUCCAAUGGUAUCAUAAGAACAAGUAAGACUCUAGAACUGGAAGAUUUUCCAGUUAAUUUCAAGGUACGAGCAACAGACUCAUCUAAUGCUGCUGUAUUUAAUGAAGUUGAAGUGAAAGUGGAAGUUGUUGAUGAAAAUGAUUUCCCGCCAGUUUUCCCAUCUUCUCUGCUAGAAGAGACAUUGCCAGAGAAUUCCCCUGCUACUCAGAUUGUGCAGCUGAAAGCUCAGGACAAUGACACAGGUAGAAAUGGUUUCCUCACAUAUGGCAUUCUCAAUGGACAAGGACUAAAAUUCAAGAUAAAUGAAACAACUGGAAUCCUUUAUUCCACAUCCCCCUUUGAUUAUGAAGAGGAACCCACAGAGUAUCAGGUUGUGGUGUAUGCUGAAGAUGAUGGAAUCCCUGAGAAGAAGAGGGGUUACUGCACAGUUGUGAUAAAGAUCACUGAUGUUAAUGAUUGGCCACCUGUGUUUGAUCCAGUGCCUGACUUUGGUGUCCAAGAAAAUGUGCCUGUGGGAUUCAUAGUUGGAAAAAUCAGAGCAUCAGACAGAGACACAGGAGACAAUGCCUUUGUUCUGUAUAAACUCACAGGUGAUGGUGAAAAUAUAUUUGAAAUAGAUGAAAUACAGGGCAUCAUUAAGAUAAGGAACUCCCCAGACUAUGAAACCAUGAAUAAAUACAACCUUACAGUGACUGCAGUCAACAAUAAAUCUGCUCCUUUCUACCAGGCAGCCACCCAUGUCAGCGUUGCAGUGAUUGAUGUGAAUGAUAAUGCCCCGGUGUUUGCCCAGAGCUCCUAUUCCGCUUCCAUGAACAUGGUGAAUCCUGUGGGCGCUCCUGUCCUCACCGUGAGCGCCACCGACCGCGACCAGGGGCAGAAUGGCCUUAUUGAGUAUUACAUCCUCCCGGAUCCCACCGUGAGCCCGUUCUUCCUGAUGGCGGAUUUGAGUGAGGGGAAGAUAAUUACAACUGGAAACCUGUCCAGAUCUGGAGAGAUGCAGUUAACAGUGAUGGCAAAGGACAAAGGUUCUCCUCCUUUAAAUGGCACUGCUGUGGUUACUCUGAGUGUGUUUGACAACCGUCCAUUCGUUCCUCGCCUCAACAAAAGUGAGAUCAGCGUUUCUGUUUCGGAAAACACCGGAGUGGAUUAUUUAAUUUAUGAUUUUGCUGUGGUUGAAACUUCAGGAAAUAUGAUUGAUUACACUGUUGUAUCUGGCAAUGAAAGAGGUGAGUACUAUCCCCCUUAUGAGCUGAAAUAGCCAGGAGAACAUCAUGUCUUUUACAUGGCAGAUGCUGCUCUGCAUAAACGAGGAGACAGAGAGCAUGGAUAAAAGUUUUUUUUUAAAAAGAGUACACAGAGAAUUCUUUUCAGGACUUUUCAGCAUUGACUUUGCUGAUCUUUGGCUUUAGAGAGGCUUCUUUUAAUCUUAAACUAGGAUGAUUUAAAGACUGGGGGAGCCAAAAUAGAAAGUGUUGUUAACAAGCAGCUUCCUCCCUGCCAAUCACUUUUAGUCCAUCAUUCCCUUGCAUUUAUGUUAAGACAUCUGCCCUCUUGCAGCUGUGCCCAGGCUCCAUUUGGCCCACAAUAAAGUACACAGAAACUGGGAGAAAACUUGGAAAUGCAUAAAAAAUGGAGUUGUUCAAGAAGGAGCUGCAAUUCUCCUUAUUUGUGAAAUCAUGUGAAGUUCUUUUUCACAUUUACUGUUCCUUUACAUGUUUAAGAGCUGUUUGGCGUGGGGUAGGAACCCAGCUGUGAUGAUGCCUUUGCUGCUUGGCCAGUGGAAGUGUUGAAUUUCACAUUGUUCAGAGCAGAGGAGCCACAGGAACAUCCCAAGGGCAACAAAGACACGAGAGGUAGGAGGGGUAAAGUGAAAUGGCAGCUGUCGCAGCAAAAAUGUCUGUUUUUCCUUUCAGGUCACUUUAGACUGGAUCCUGAUAGCGGUGAGCUGAGAACAGCAGUUAAUUUGGACUAUGAGGAAGUCUCUCAAUAUGUGAUUUUAAUUCAAGC